AUGGCGCGCCCCCGUCGCUCAACGCGCCUGGCCGCGAAUGCUGCUCUGGAGGAAUCGACGCUUCCUAAACAAGAGCUCGGCUCGGUGGAAGAGGCUGAUGAGACCUCUCCCGUCGAGAAGACCCCGGCCAAGAAGAGCAAACUUCCCAAGAGCACCAAGUCAGCCAGAGGCAAAACACCAAAAACCCAACCAGUUGAGAGCAGCCCGUCUCGCGCUCGUGACACUGCUAAGGAUGAGGCCCCUGCGGCUUCCUCCCCGUUCCCACGAACUCCGGCGUCGUCUGCCAUCAAGCCGCCAGCAACAGAGAUGCAUCCCGAGCACUACCACGCUUCUACCGCCGCUCCUUCCUCUGCUUUGCACCUUGGAUUCUCAGACAUUAAUCCAGCAGGCCCUUUGAACUCAUCACCUACCGUGGAGGUGACACAGAGGGCGGCAGCGGCACCAUCGCGCAGGACCAGCACAGUACCAUCGGCGCCAUUCACUUUUCAUCUCGAAAACCCUGGCGCCGCGACUGGAGGCCUCAGUGAACGUACCAAAGCACUCCUAGAGGAUAUGCGUGGCGACAUUGAGCAGAUCGCGGCAGACCUCAGGGCUAAGCGCGACCAGGAGAAGGCGGAGGCGGAGGCAAAUGGACGCAAGAUCGCCUCCGCCAAGGGAAAACGCGGUCGGUUCAGUGAUGUGCACUGGAAGGAACUCCAGAAAAUGGAUUCUAUUGUCAAUCACCCCAGCGUCCAGCGCUACAAGACAUUAAAUAGCAACGGCAGUAGCAGCAGCAUCGCCGGCAAUGGCCCGACCAGUCCGGCUCAAUUGACCAAGGGUAUCAAGAGAACACAAUCCAAGGCGAACCUCAACGACUCGGAGGCUCGUAGGGGGGUUGUGACUGCUGAGUCCUCUAGGAAACCGCCCGCAAAGUUCCCCAUCUCGCCCGCCAAGCGGCAAAAUGGCCUCUUUGGAGGCAGCAGCGAUGAGGUGCCCGUGUCCGCAGUCAAGCGGGCAAGACAACGUAUUGAGGACGAUGCAUCUAGUGCUCGGCCUGUAUCGAGGGAUGCCAGCAGCAUCCCGCGGCCGACUACCGCCGGCAGGGAAGGCCCAAGCCUCCCGCGAUCCCACACCACGACGUCGGCGUUGAUGACCCCAACAAAAUCAUCUCUGGCCCGAUCUGUCGCCUCGGCGGCAAAGCCAGGCCCUAGUGGGGCCCUUAGUGCUACCGCGCCACCAGGUCGUCUCAAGACCUCAGCAAGCAACAGCAGUUUGGCUAUGGCAUCUAAGAUUGCGGCACCAGUCCGGUCACCCAGCCGAUUCGAUAGGAUCAAAUCGAUGCUUCGAGGAGGCCAGAAAGACGCUGGCCCCAAACCUAGUAGCACCUUGCCGGUGCCCAAGGCUUCUGGUCUUAAAACACCCUCCACUUCGAACCUCGACAAGCCACUCCCUGCAGUGCCAGCAACCACUCCUUCGCGCAAGCUUAUGAAGCGCGUGGUCUUCACUCCGGAUUCCAAGAAGCCCGUAACUUUUUUGGGCAAUGAUCGCACCCCUUCUCCGCUCAAGUCAAUUUUGAAGUCCGGCCUGCCCCGGUCAAAAACCAUGGGCAAGCUACCCGAAGUCCACUACCCGAAUCUGGACACAGUCAUGGAUGAAGGUGAAGGCCAGGAAAGCAGCGUGCCCGCGGUACAAUAUCCGGAUUUGCAAACUCUAACAGAUGGACCUCCCGAGCCUACGACGAACUUGGAGACUGAUGGUCUCAGUUCGGCGGUCCCCGGAACGUUUACUUUCAGAAGCGAUCACACGAUCGAGUUUGGCGGCACCUCGCCUGUCGGCUUCGGUGGCUCGCGCGGUCAAUCCAGUGUGAGACAUGUUCGUCAGUCAACGAUGGCUCCGCAAAGCCCCAUGGCGAUGCCCGGUAGCUUUCCGGACUCGGUAUCCGAGUUCAGUCAUGGAGGCAGUGGUAUCUCUGGCCAGCGCGAAAACAAGGAGAACCGUGCUCCCGCAGCAUUCCUGCCUGCCGUAAAGCAUGGUCUUGAUAACAAGAAGCGCCAUCGCGCGGACUCGGAUGACGAAGACGAAGACUCUGAUGAACGGGCAACCAAGAGGGCACGUCAAAUUGAGGACGGUGAAGCUCUUUUUGGCUCAAGCCGCGGUGCCAAGGGGUCGGUCAGUGUGCCACCUAAGGCUCGUAAACAGCAUCCGAGAACGAUGCUGUACAGCUCGCCCAAAAAACCUUCUGAGUUCCCCGGGGUUGGUACCAAAACGCCAUCCCCCGUGAAGAGGUCAGGCAUAAGUCUCAGCCGCCUUUCCAUGCUUGCACGGCCCAAAAUGCGGAAGCACCGGUACCUGCCUCAACCUACCAUAGUUCCUUGGUGCAUGCUUCUAUGUUGGCUCGACGAGAAGACGCAACCAUCCAUGCGGUCCAUACUCAAGACUUCCGUCUCAGCCUGGCGGCCAGUGCUAUCGACGGCAGCCUCAGAACCCUCGAUACCUAUCCGCAGGGACACUCUAGAUCCGCGAUAUCAGCCUGUGUUUAUCUGCAGCUUCUGCCACCAGGCAUACUGCUCCCCACCACACGUUGUCGGCAAGUCUGCUCGUCUCACGUGCGAGGGCUGCUACCGGACCCUGAUAGACCUCGCCGUGUGCUGGAAGUGCGGCGAGCUGGUGUACCGGGGCGACGCCUGCGUCAGCCUCGGCUGGUGCUUUUGGCACCGCGUGUGCUUUGGGUGUCUGUUCUGUGGUGGGAGGACGAGCGUGCAAGAGGCGUGGGGAAAGUGUGAUAGUGGGGGAGACAUGGGGACCGAGCGAUGCACUCAGGGCUGGGAUGGUGACGGCCACGGAAUUGGUCAAGGAGACGACUGGCAGGAACAGCCUCACAGUGGCAGAGGCGCCGCGGUCGAGCUCGAUGAGAUCCCGCUAUGUCAACACUGUCUCCUGAACAUGGAGGGGGAUGGUGUUGAUGAAGAUGAAAUCGUCCGCUUGGCGUUGGAUUCAGCCCAUCAGAGGGAUGUAGAACUGAUCCGGGCAAGGUAUGAGAAGAAUAAGCAGGCGACUUCAGGACCUCAUGCGACGAUGCCUAAAGCCCAGGAUGAGGUACAUUGUCAGCUUACGUCAUCCAUUGCAGUGGUUUCUCAGGUCGACGCCGUAUGCCCUGAUCAUAUCGAGACAGAUGGAGCAGCGAGUAUGACCGGCGGCAAGCACAUGAAUCCGUUUUCAAACACCAUUUAUGUGUCCAUGUCAGAUCCUCUCAAUGGCCCAAGUUUCAAGCCAAGACCUACCAAGUCCAUUCCACUCCAGAUGCAGCCGUUUGCACGACAUGGAAACGAUGCUUUCAAACUCACCGGGUUGACUUGUUCGUGUGCCACAGGCACCCCAAGACCUCAAAUACAACGGCAAAGGUACUCCUACGUCAGCAACGAGCCCAACCUGCGGCCCUCGCUGCAUAUGUCCCUUGGCUGGACGAGCACAUCAAUCAAAAGCUUUGAUGGACCUGCCACGAAGCCAAGCAAUCCCACAAGGGACUGCAUCUGCACCAGAGCACGAGCAGCAAGCACCUCACUCGAGUGGCUGGGCGAGUAUGAGCACAUCGCCCCUGCCACCGCCACAACGAGGCCCUCGGGAUCUGAUGGGAUACCAAGCGCAGCCAGUCGUAAUGCAGGAGCUCACUAG